UGGUAUCUGUCACCUUUGACGGGACGAAACGUGGGCCGACUUACUUGGUGGAUGUUACAAAGACGAGCAACGACGUCAAACUGCAAGAGCGCAUAGACGCUCUGAAGAAGUUGUGCGAGUGUACCUCAGUGACAAAGGUGAUUCAUGAUUGUCGCAUGGAUAGCGAUGCGCUUUAUCACCAGUUGGGAAUAACCCUUCAAAGUGUUCAUGACACGAGCUGUUUCCAUAAGGUCAUCACAAGGCAAGAAAGCCCCGCCAGUCUCAACAAGGCAUUGGUGGCCCAUGGCAUCGAAGCGAAUCAGACACGAGAUUCGAGCGUCUAUAAAAGUAACCCACGUUUCUGGGCCACCCGUCCCUUGACUGCAAAGAUGAAGGCGUGGGCAUCGAGCGACGUCGACAAGCUUUUGGAGCUGGCAACAAAACAAGUUUCUAUCCUCACGACGAAAGGGAAAACGCAGUUGCAAAACGCAUUCAAUUUGUCCAUCCGCUCUGCCAGGCUGCUACGUGAUAUGCAAUUGGAACGAUACUGUUACUGCAAGAUACCAGAACGACAGUUCAUUGGAGCAGGCGGCAGCAACAUCAGGAGCGUUGAAAAGCGGACCGGAACGUACAUUCGAUCCAGAAGCACUGAUAAGGAAUGGCUGAUCUACUACGACAGCAAUCAUGGAUUGUCUAUGGCCAAGAAAGCGAUGGGUUAUUGAUUGAUGAAAUCGUAGGGAGUGCGGAACAGGUCACGAUUGAAUUCGGCUGUGUUGCCUUGUUUUGGCAUCAAACGGUUUGGGCCCCUACCGGUACCUAGAUUUGACUGUUGGCAUCCAAUGGAGGACGGAUGCAAGUAAAAGUACACACAAAUGAUAACAUUAUGAAGUUAAACGUUUACUAAAAGGGCCAGUUACAGUUGCU